AAAUAAAAGAGUGUUUAUGGGCAGUUCAAGGUCAGAAACAAACUAAGGUGCUUGUGAAUCUGCUUUUUCUUUCUUGCCACGAUACCUGAGGAAAUGUAACGGCGGGGAGAUUAUUUCUUUAAACGGGGUUCUGAUCACCGCUGGGCUCAUCAGCUGCCUUUUAUCCCCCGUUAACGGCGAAUACCGCAAGACCAGUCGGCUCUGCUUUCUACAAUGGAGUGCCUUUUUAACGGUACAAUGCGUUUCACCUACCAGAUAGAGGGAGUCCAAGCUGAAAGAUGAAGGGGAUACGCUGAUGCCUGGCCAUCGGCAUCAAUUCAAACGUUUACUGUUCGCAGGCAGGGGGACAGAAAGAGAGAGACAAGUAAUAAAGCCGCAUUUUUCAUUUCAAACUCAUGAUGCGCGGCAGGGAGCAGUUGUAGAGAGAGGGUCGAGGAGUGGACAAUCUUUAACAGGUCCUAAGCGCACUUUUCAACACCCCCGUCCUCCGACAAGAAUAUGAUCCGGUCAAAUCAUAUGGACAUGCCUCAUUAUUCAAUGAACACUGUUUCUCACAACGCAUCGUUUACGCGCAGGAGUUAGCCGGCGCUUCGCCAAAUUUAAAAGGCUCUUGUCGUCCCACCUUCUGUGAAGCUGUCGGCGCUCCUUCUCACAUCCGGCGUUCGUUGGAGAGGUGGCAGUCACGCAGGGAUCCCUGAUCAGUGCCGACCAGAAGCGGAGCUGAAGCUGGCUUAACGGGGCUAAGCACACUGUCACGCUGUCUAAGAAGCCACCCCCACCCACCGUCUGAGGUGGCCAUUCCAGUAAGCGGUAGUCAGUGAGGAGCAGCAGUGAGAGGUCUCUUGAUCUUACCAGACAGGUUGCGCACCAGUAUGCAGUUGGUGUAUUAAGGAUGGAGGACUCUAGUUUGUGUCUCGGUGUGUCGUCAGUGGUACCUGACGCCGAUGCCCAUCUGAGCAGCGCAGUGUUAAAUGGCCGUUAUCCGAUCAGUCAAAAGCUUCAUCAGCUCACUGCCCAGCUAGGACACGCCUUUCCGGAUCUUCAUCGCCCACAACAGAUUCCUGAAGAAAAAGCAGCAACACCUUUGGAUGAGAAGACACAUCACGCAGCCCUGGCCAGUCAGCCUAUCAGCAGUCAGAUGGCCCUGCUAGCCAAUCAGCUCAAUCGAGACAUCGAUGCAGGGGCACUAAGUGGGUUGAACGGGCGAGUUGACCUGCAGCAGUUUCUUAAUGGGCAGAACUUGGGCAUCAUGUCCCAGAUGAAUGAUAUCGAAGAUGAUGCACGCAAGAAUAGGAAAUAUCCCUGUCCAUUGUGUGGUAAGCGCUUCCGUUUUAACAGCAUCCUGUCACUGCACAUGCGUACACACACAGGAGAGAAGCCAUUCAAGUGUCCCUACUGUGACCACAGAGCAGCUCAAAAGGGCAACUUGAAGAUCCAUCUCCGCACCCACAAACUGGGAAAUCUUGGUAAGGGCCGUGGUCGCGUCCGAGAGGAGAACAGGCUGCUGCAUGAACUUGAGGAGAGGGCCAUCCUGAGGGAUAAACAAAUGAGAGGAAGUGGUAGCCUCCUCCAGACAGCUCAAACACCCCAUCUGGGCCUCAAUAGCAGCUCAAACACCCAUCAACAGCAACUGGGUUCAGCUUGUGGCCCCCCUCCACCUUCUGGUCUUGCCACUCCAGACCCAAUUUCCCAACCUUCUUCUUCACCCAAGCCAACUGGCACCCAAGAUGAACAGUCCCUUAACCCGACUACAGGCUUCCGUUGUACCUUCUGCAAAGGGAAGUUCAAGAAGCGUGAGGAGCUGGACCGCCACAUCCGCAUACUCCACAAGCCCUACAAAUGCACUCUAUGUGAGUUUGCUGCUUCUCAUGAAGAGGAACUGAUAAGUCAUGUGGAGAAGGCCCACAUCACAGCCGAGAGCACACAGGGCCAGGGUGGUGGUGGAUCUGGUGGCACGCAGGUGGCCACUGAAUUUCGUUGUGAUGUGUGUGGCCAGGUAUUCAGCCAAGCUUGGUUCCUCAAGGGCCACAUGCGAAAACACAAGGACUCCUUUGAACACUGCUGCCAAAUUUGCGGCCGACGCUUCAAGGAACCCUGGUUUCUCAAGAAUCAUAUGAAGGUGCAUCUGAACAAGCUGGCCAUCAAGAGCAAGCCACCCCAGCCCAGUGAGCAGGACAUGGCUGCUGUCAAUAGCAUGAGCAAUCUGGCUCAGGAAGCUCAUGCCAACCUUUACUCCCGCUACAUCUCCUGUCUUCAGGGAGGCUUCCUUUCACCAGACAAACAGGGCAUGAGUGAGCAGCACCAGAUGUUGGCUAAAGCAGGGAUAGCCAUGAAGGAAAAGGAGAUGUUAGGGAAGCUGCUAGGACCAAUGGCAGGAGGUAUGGGCCAUGGGCUGGGUGAAAACGAGAAGCGCUCAAUCCUUGGUUGUCUCAGCCUUGUACCCCCACUCAAGUCGAGCUGUAUGGAGCGUCUCCAGGCAGCUGCAAAAGUGGCAGAGAUGGACUCCCUCAAUAGCUACCAAGCCUGGCAGAUAAUGGCUCGUGGCAUGGCUAUGGACAGGGCUUUCAUGCCGAAGGAUCAGCAGCAGCACCAGCAUCAUAUACCCCCAGGGCAAGAAGAUGAGAUUGGUGGUGCAGGAGCUUUGGCAUCCUUCUCAAAGGAUAAACAAGACUACUCCUUGAUUGCUUCCAGUGAUUGCUCCAAGCAGAAGCAGCUCUCUGAGGCCUUGCAGGGAUCGAAGCCCUCUAGUGGAGCCAUGAUGUCCAUGAAAGAGGAUGGAAGAGGCUUUGAUAGUAAUCGUGACCUAAUGUCUCACCAUGGUAGUACCGAGGCUCCUGGAGCCUUGGCUGGCUUGGGAAUCCCAAAUAUUGAUUACAGCCUUUCAAGUCUGUCCAGCCUGAAGGACAAGCCCUCAGAGUGCCCUGACUGUGGCCGGGUCUUCAGAACCUACCAUCAAAUGGUAGUCCACUCUCGAAUCCAUGGUAAAGACAGGAGAGGCAUUGAGGAAGCACUUCAGCAAGGUCUGGAUGAACGCCGUGGAUCAGCCAGUGACCCUGAGUCCCAGUCCAUCAGCCGCUCCACCACUCCUGGUUCAUCCAAUGUGACAGAAGAGAGCGGAGCUGGAGGAGGACAGUCCCAGACAGGAAGCAUCCAGGAUGACAGCCCACAUCCCUCCUCACCUUCCUCGGAUGUUGGGGAGGACUUGGGGAAGGCAGCGGGGAGCAUUCAGCCGCCUCUGUCCCAGCAUCGUGAGCGGUGUCUAGGCACAUCCUCCAAGGAUUGCCCGUACUGUGGCAAGUCCUUCCGCACCUCCCAUCAUCUCAAAGUCCAUCUGCGAAUACACACAGGAGAGAAACCCUACCGGUGCCCUCAUUGUGAUUAUGCUGGCACCCAGUCUGCGAGUCUGAAAUACCACCUGGAGCGCCACCAUCGCGAACGUCAAAAUGGCUCCACUACAUCAGGCCCAUCCUCUGGCCACACCACUUCUUCUGAUCACAAAGAAGAUCAUGGGAAGACGAGUGGUGGCAUCUUUGCCAGACCAGAUGUCCUCCGUAAUGUUUUCAAGGGCAUGCCUCCUAACCUCGACUUCAGGGCAGGUCCAUUGCUGCCACAUCAGUGGGCGUCAGCUGGUAUGAUGUCAUCACAUGACCGAGAUCGAGAGCGUGAUCGCGGGGACCGCCGCUUUGACUCUUCCUCUUCAGCUGAUAACAUGAAGACUGCUGAUGGCCCAUCCUCCAUGGUCCCAACAGCAACUGAUAGUGCCGCCAGCUUCUCCGACCUAAGCAGGGCUUACCAAAGCAUGAUGGGAAAUGGAGUUCACUUUCAAGGUUCCCUCCAGGCUUUCAUGGACAGCUUUGUCCUCAGCUCCUUGAAGAAAGAUGUAAAGGACAGCCAGAGCUCAGGCCAACUCCAGGCUCAGCGCUAUCAUGAUAAUGGCGAGCCCAAAGCCAAGCGCGCAAUCUCCGGUGGCCAAGACAGAGAAGACAAGACUGAGGUCAAACCGAACUCUGGGUCUGGCAAGCCUGGAUCCCAGUAUGAACCACUUGAUCUGUCUGUAUCAGUUCGGCCUGAGUCUGCAUCUGGAUCUCUCCCUGGCUCUUCAGUCACCAUUCAUGAUAAUGUGGCAUGGCAUGGUUGCCUCUUCUGCUCCUUCUCUACUUCCUCAUUGGAGCUCAUGGCUCUGCAUCUCCAGGCCAAUCAUUUGGGUAAGGCCCAGCUGCAGCGGUCUGAUACGGGCAAGGAGCUUCAAAGAGAGGGUUCUCCCACCACCUCUACUAUUCACUCCUCCAACACCAAGACCUCAGGUGUGGCCCUUGAUAGAGAUGGGGACCGAGAUGGAGAUAAAAGCCAGGGAGGCUGGAACAACCACAUGGACCAGCCAUAUAAUCCCUUCCAGAGUGACUUCUACAGGAGGUUUGGUGGCUUGUAUGAUGGAUCCCCUAGGGUGAAUCAGGGAAUUCAAGGGUAUAUAGCCCAAGCAGAGCAGGUCCUGGACCUACCUAGCCAGGCCUUCACAGGAGCAUCUUCAGCGGGAGAUGACCAUAUUGGUUCGAGGGGAUCCUGUGGAGAUGCUGAAGACGAUCACGUUGGGUCAGAUGAUGAGGCUAUAAAGGCUGGGGUGCACAGUGCCAAUGAGACCCCCUCAACCACUCCCAAGAGACAACAACAACAGAAUAAUUCUGAUGAAGAGGAAGAUGAGGGAGGAGUGGCAGAAGAAGAGGAGGAAAGACAUGAGGAUGAGCAAAUGGACAUGGAGAGAGAGGAAGGAGGAAGUCCAGCUUCAGACCAUCUCCAGAGUCACCCCAAACAGCUCCAAGACGACUCCUGCCUGCCCCCAAGGAGUGGAGCUGGCUUGGCGGCCUCUUCCUCCACCAUGGCACCACUUUCUCUGGUUCCCCAACCACAGAACCAAACUUUGGAGAAGCAGUGGCAGCAGGGCCUGGGCAUCCUGUCUCCCGGAGGUCCUCCAGGACUGUUGAAGGCUGAGCAGCAGACCCACCCAGAGCAGCAAAUGAACAUGCUGUCUGUCCUCAGAGCCUACAGCAAUGACAACCUCCCUGCGUUCAACGGCCUGGGCGGUGGAGCAGGAGGCGCACCCCUCGGGGGCAUGAAGAGAUCAGAUGCACCUGGUCAGAGACCAUUCAAGUGCAGUUACUGCCCCUACAGUGCCUCACAGAAGGGCAACCUGAAGACUCACGUGUUGUGCGUGCACCGCAUGCCUUUUGACAACAGCCAGUACCCGGAUCGACGAUUCAAACGCUCCCAACCUGAGUCUGACAGCUCGGAGAAGAAGUCUGAUGAUGCCACUGGUGGUGUUACAUUUAAUAAACCAGUGACAAGAUCAGACGGAGGUCGUGGAAAUAACGUGCCAUUUUCCAUGGAGGCCACCUCUCGUAAGAAGGAGUGAAGUCACCAGGAGCACUGUGGAUAAACUACACUUUUUAUGUUAUCAACACAAACUAAACAUUCUCCAUGUGUGUUAUUAGAAGUCUGUGAACAUUUACUUAGAAAAUAUUAUUAAUCUACGUAUUUGUGAUGCGACGAAUCAGCUGUACGUGAGCACAGUGGCGCAUGCUUAAGAGUGUACAGGGAAGAGAGUUAAAAACUCACAGAUGGAGGCAAGAGGCAAGUCAGAUGAAGUAAUCUAAAAUCAUUAGAGAGAUUUUUCUCUAAAAAUAAUGCUUUUAUAAGAAAAAUGAUCCAUGUAAAUGAUUUGGUGGAACAGUUACUGUAUCGAAGGUGGAGGAGGAAGAGAAGUGCUUUUGAAUGCACACCCAGACCAGAACAUAACACCAGUGGCUGCCAUUUUCCCAGUGCGAGUGAUGAGCACUGUAUGUGUGUGUUGCAGGGUCAGUGGGGAUAGAGAGGAAAGCGGUGGGGGAGGCAUUGGUGCCAGCCUGACUGGAGCUGUCAUUGCAGAGGAAAUCAAUUCAACAACACACAAACACACACUCACUGUCUUACAGCGGUAACCUGACUCUGGAUGGUACAGCGAGGGGUCAAGUUGAGUCCCAUCAGCUGGCCGGAGCCCCUCAUGACACCCGCUUUUCUCCUGCUUCCUUCUCUUCAGUCUUUCUCUCCAAUAGAUGCCCAGUUUGGUAAGAUGGCCUUGAAAAUAGAAGACAAAUCAAUCAGCAAUGUAUUUAAAGCAUCCAUUAGCGAACGUUAAGUCUUGUUCUGCUGUGAUUUGGCAAUGCAACAUCUGGAGGUCAGCUUACAGGCUACACAUCAGAGACAGAUGAAGGGAGUCUAAGCUGAUUUCUUUUAGAAUUUUGGACUUUAUGAUGAAAGAUGACAGUUUGGUACUUUGGUAAGGACCCUGGCCUGUGCUGUGGGGAGGUUGGUACACGUGCCUCACAAGGAAGGAUAACCAACUGGUUCUGUACAUAGAAAACCAUGGCAUUCUACUUGUUUGACAGAGAAAGUCUGACAGAAACAAAGGCAUCAACUCAGACAAAUAGCAGGACUGAUGUCCUCCUCUUUUAAGCUCUUUUAAAGAUGAAAUAUUAGAUAAUCAUUCAUUGUACCCUGCCUUAUCUGUCUAAUUAUCACACUUUUUCUGUUAGAAAAAAACAUGAUGGCAUCCUUGUUCACUGUAUAAAUAGUGGUUUUUUUGUGUCUUGUUUUUUAAAAAAAUUUUAGGGGGUAAUCCUCAAGGGGAAGAAGCAACGUUAGACAUUGAGAACAGAAUGUUUUGAUCUUGUACAGUCAAAAAGAAAAAGUAUCAACUUUGUACUUUUUAGUGCCGGCAGCUGUUGCUCACUACUGGGCGAGGAGAAUUAGUGAAGUAUGUUGCUUUGUGUUGUGUUGGUGGUUGGUGCUUGAAGGCUGGGGGUUGUUAAUGUUUUUCUGAUAAAGAGAAAUGAUCCGGACUUUCAGAAAGUCAAUAUCUUUCCGCACAAACACACAUUCAGUGGUGUGAAGGGCUAAACCCAAGGGUUUUAGUGCCACAGCUCUGCCUAAAGGCACACAUACACACACACACACACACACACACACACACACACACACACACAAUCACUCACACACACACACACACACACACACACACACAUACACACACACACACACCUACACACACACAAACACACACACAGAUGCACAUUUGGUGUUUCAAUCACUUCAGAGGAUAUGACAUGGACUUCAUAGAUUCAUUUUCUGGACACAUCAAAAUCUUAAACACAACUACUACUUGCCUUACCCUUAUCCUGACUUUAAUCUAAAACUUAACCUCAACGUUAGCCUUAACCUGAAUCUAAACCUAUAUCCAACCUUCCCCUAACCCUUAACCAAGUCUCCAACUUAAAAUUGAAUGAUUUAUUUGAUGAGGAUUUGCAUUUUGUGCCCAGAAGGGACACAGGUCCCCACAAAGUGACUGUCUGAACAAGGUUAUGUCCCCACAGCAUGAGUAAUACAAAUACACACAUACACAACAACACACAGACAACAGCAUCAAAAACAGUGAUACAGUUCCCCACGGAAAGAUGAAGAUAACAGCAGAGAGAAAGAAGUAAAGUCGAAGAGAAGAGGAAAAAAAUGAAAGAGAAAGAACAAGGAUAGAAUAGAGUCAAUUUUAUAUUAUGGUAUGCCGAUGUAAUAGUGGUUUAAAUUGUGGCAAGAAUACUUUAGCUUUUUGGCCCUAUAGUAUUUGCAGUUCAUAAAAUAUUGUUUUAUAUACAGUUCUUUUAUGCUUAUUCUGUCUUGUUUGGUAUCCUAAAGGACAGUAGUUGUCACUGCUUUAUAACUGACAGUCUGGAGUCUUUCCCCACUGACCUUCACCCUAUGACAUAAAAGAUAUGUAGUACAAGCUUUAGGUUUUCAAAACACUACUUGUUCUCGAUGGUUGUAGCUUGCUUUUCAGGAUGUUUGUACAGAUGAGAGUGUGUGCUAAAUAGUGACAUAUAUUACCAAAAAGUCAACAGGGGGAGAAAGUUUUCAGAAAAAGUACACAUUCCACUUUUUGGCACCAGUACUCUAGCUUUCUGAGCUUACUAAAGCAUGUGAAUCAGUACAUUUUCAUCAUUAUGUUCAGAUGAGGCAAUAUGUCUUUAAUUCUGAAAUAAUUUUUUUUCUUUUUCCUUUUUUGUUUCAACACUGGAAAACAAUUUUUUUCAUCAUUCUUCUGUGACUUUUUGUCAUGCCUAAGAAUGAUACACCAUUUUCCCACUGCUGUAAUCCUAAAAUAAUCCAUUCCAUUGUCCCCAUGCUGUUUGAUCUUUGUCAAGCUUCCUAUUUAAGUAGCACAUGCAGUUUACUCGGUUAUAAUCGGUGGUGCUAGAAAAAAAAAAGAAAAAGAAAAGGAAAAAAAAGAAUCCAUGGCCAUUUAUUGUAUAUCAGCCUGCAAUUCUGUAGUAUACAGUCCCUGUCUCAGUACUGUCCACAUUCCUAAUUGAAAAAAAAAAAAAGAUUUCUAUAGCUUAGGGAAGGAAAAGUGAGGAGAGGGAUUUUGUUGCAAACUAUAAGCUUAUAUUCACAGUUUGUAUUUAAAAAAAAACAUAUAUUCUUGGUCAUUAUUUAUUAUUGUACAUCUGUUUGACAGAAGACAAAAUUCAUUAAAGAGGUGUAUCAAACAUUCGACUGUUUACUCUUUUUGCAUUCUCGAUGUUCUGAUGUGCUUUGAAGCAUUAAGAUUUAUCUGGUGUUUUUUCUGCAAUAAAACCUCUACCUCUGGGAA